AUGCCGAGCGGGGCAUCGACAGCAGCCCUGGCGGCGCUUGCGCUGCUGCCGCUGGCCCUGGCAGGCGCACCCGCCGACGCCUCCCUCAAUGCCGCCGGCCUGCCGCUCAUGACUCCCACCAGCGCCUCUGCUGCCAAUCACACGUAUUAUUUCGAGAUUCCCAUCGAUCCGGUCGGCCUGCUGGUGAUGCUGCACCGCUGCGGGCGGAGCGCCGAAGACUUUUGGCCGCCCUCUGGCGCCUGCCCCGAGUGCAUCGGCAUGCCCGAGGCCGUCUCCAUCUCCCGCCAGGCCCUGGCCCGCGGCUACGCCCUGCUGGCAAUCAACUCCUUCAACAGGACCGUGGGAUCGCUGGGGAGGUGCUGGAGCUUGGCCACUGAUGCCCUGCCGGUGCGAGAGCUUGUGACGGCCUUCCGCCAGCUGCACGGCCUGGCAGACCUGCCGCUGUUUGUCACUGGCUGCUCAUCCGGCGGCUUGCUGGCGCUGCGCCUGCCGUCCUUCAUGGCUCUCGACGGCAUCAUGCCAGUGGCCAUCGGCCUCGACUUGGACUCCUUCCCGCCCAACCUGCCCCGCCAGAACCACACCUACCCGCCGGUCGCUUAUUUUCACUUUUCAAGAGACAACACCACCACCACGCAAGUGGAGGCCAUGGUCGAGUUCAGCCAGGCCGCUGGGCUGCCCGCCAGCCAAGUCACGGUCCAGCCAUCCCAAUUCACCCCCGAUUUCUUCUCCCAGCGAGACCCGCUGAUCAGGCACGCCGGCGCAACGCGGCGCAUGCCCCGAGCGGGGGAGGGUUGGACAGAGGAGGUGUCUACAGUGGAGCUGCGGCAGGAGGUGGAGCGGGUGGCCGAGGCGGCGGGCGCCGUGUCCUCCUACUGUGUGGCCGAGAGCGGCGACGGUACCGCAGCAGACCUCACACCAGACCUCCUGUACCAUCACGUCCUCGAGGAGCUGGGGGUGGCGUGGGCGGAGCACACCAACCUGGGAGACUACACCGCCGCCACGCUUGUGUGGCUGGAGCGGUGUGGCACAGGCGAGUAA